GCAGUUCUGUUUUCUUUCAUUUGAUCUGAAUCUUAGUUGAUCAUAUUCAAGAUGACAUUCUGAUGCUGAUGGAAUAAAUUUUGAUUAUCUAUCUAUAUGCCAUGUUGGAGAGAUGAUCAUUAUAGGGUAUUUUUCAAGUUUGAGUGAUUUUACUCAUCUAAGGUUGAGAUGUUUAAAGUGCAAUGAGAGCAAAGCCUUUCUGAUUCUUAUUUUGAACUCCUGAUGGCACUUACUGCAAACAAGGUUUCAAAUGGUCCUAUAGUGACUCAUCAGACAAUCAGUAGUAGAUCACACGAAAAGCACAAUUUCUUGAUGUCCACAAGGAACAACAGGGUACAAAUUCCAAGACAUGGAGUCCAACAUGGACAACUGAACCAUAUAUGUCUCUUGGUAGAGGGAUCAACCUUAUCCAAUGAUAUUUUUGGGUGCAUCUAUAAAAAUCCUGCCAAUUUUAUCUCCAAGAGAUCUUUCUCAUGCAAAUCAUCAGGAUCAAAUAAUACUGAAGAGAAAGAAUGCGUUACAACUUACAGUGAUGUUUCAGAUUUAACUAGUGUACGUACUAAAGAUGAGAAAGAUUACCACAGUCAUUCUAGUCGGGGCUUGGCUGAAGCUUGUAGAUUUGUUUGCAAUGAUGCAAAGUUUGUAAAUGAAAGGGCUCGUCAUGACAUUGUCUUGCUCUCCCGUGGCAUAUUGAAGUUGGAUGCCCGUGCACGCCAAGAUGUUGCUUUUCUAGGGACAGAAUUUCUCAAGCUUGAUGCUCGUGCUAGAGAAGACACUGAGAGAAUUGAUCGUGAUGUCAAGAAAAGAGUUGAGCGCCUUAAUCGCAUUGCUUCUAUCUUGAAGGAUCAAGCUCAAUUGAGGUUGAAAAGUGCUGCUGAUAAGCAUUGGAGUGACGGAGCCUUAGAGGCUGAUUUGCGCCUUGCCGACAUCCGUGCUAAGCAACGUGCAAUGGAAGAUGCCCUUAUGGCCUUGGAGUUUAUCAAAAACAUGCAUGACAUGAUGGUGAGAAAGGUGUAUAAAUUUCCUCCAGGCAGAGAUAAAGGGCCUUUGUCAGAAAAUGAUUUAAGAGGACGUAUAAGGCUGGAGAAGAAUGGAAAAACCAUAGAUUUCUUUACCAGGGAUGUGUCUACUGACCGAAUUAUGGCUCUUCAGGAAGCUUAUUGGAGUAUGGCAUCAGCGCUUUCUGAAGCUGAUGGAAUUGAUUACACUGACCCUGAAGAGCUUGAGUUGUUAAUUACAACUCUUAUCGACCUUGAUGCAAUGGAUGGUAAACAAAGUGUAUCUCUAUUGGCAGAGUGUUCUAGUUCUCCUGAUGUCAGUACUAGACAAGCAUUAGCCAAUGCACUGGCGGCAGCACCAUCCAUGUGGACUCUUGGAAAUGCAGGGAUGGGAGCAUUACAGAGACUUGCAGAAGAUACCAAUCCAGCCAUUGCUGCUGCAGCAUCCAAAGCUAUUUAUGAACUAAAAAAACAAUGGGAAAUAGAGGAGGGAGAUAGCUGGACCUUUGUAGUGAACGAAAACGAAAGUGGAAAAUUUGACAAUGAAGAAGAAAAUGACAAAAAUUGAAGAACAAUUAAAUAUUUGUAUUGGACAGUGUGCCCUUCUAACUAUUAUAGAAUCAACCCAGAUUUGCUCUAGCAAGUGAAUAUUGCUGGCGUAAUGAUGCCAUAUAAGUUGGUAAUUUGAAGCCUAUGAUGCAGUUUAGUUGAUCUUCAUGCAUAUGUAACACGAGGAGUUGUAAUGCGCUUGUGUGUUUGAACAUUCAUUGUGUAUAUUGAUCAACCAUUCUCAUCUAA